AAAAGUCAGUUGUUGACGUUGACAUUUGUCUAAAAAAAAAAGCAAAAUCGAAGUGCAGCACAGGCAGCGAGUGUGAUUCAGAAUUUAUUUUAAAAAUAUAUAAAAACUAGAGAUGGCGACAGAAGUAGAGGAAACUAUUAAAAGAAUACAAGCACACAAAGGUGUUAUGGGUGUCGUCAUCGUAAACCACGAAGGCAUUCCUAUAAAAAGUUCAUUAGAUAAUGCUACAUCGGUGUUAUACGCGGGUCUCAUUGGUCAGCUCACAGAGAAAGCAAGGAAUGUAGUACGCGAAAUGGAUUCCACAAAUGAGCUGUCAUUCCUGAGAGUGAGAAGCAGGAGACACGAGAUAUUAAUCGCACCAGAUCGUGAAUUUAUUUUGAUAGUCAUACAGAACACUUCAGACUAGUCCAUGUAUUAAUAUAUUUAUAAGGAUAAUCUAAUUGCUACUUUAAGUUUAAUGUGCUAUAAUUUUUUAUUCCAAUUUCUAGGUAAAAGCUUGUGAUCUAUUUAAAUGCAAUAUGUACAAAAAAAAUUGAGCGCCAUUUAUUCAUCUUAAACUGAUUUUUUUUUGUAGCUCUAAAAAUAUAUAACUUAGGCUGAGAUCUAUUAUAGAUCACUUAAGACUCGAGUCAAAACGAGACAGAUGUUUGUCAGUUUUCUUGUUUCAACUGUCAAGUCUGAGCAAAUCUUCAGUGUUCUGCAACACUAGUUAUUAAGUUCUUCACAAUGUAGCAGUAAUAUUUUACACUAACUGAUCAUUUAUUUAUAAGAAAAGAAAAUCAAUAAAUCACCUGUGCACAAAAGUU